CUUGUUUUCAAUGAAAUUUCCUCACCCCGGCGCUCGUGAGGAUCCAUUUCCGAUUAGGGCAGCUCGCGCCAACAUCCAUUCUCAUAACCGGUCGCUUCUUUCCUCCUUGCCGCGGCGAAACCCUGAUCUCCCUCUUCUUAUUCCGCUUUCGGUGUCUGCUGCGGCGUUCUCAGACUUGUUCCUGGUUUUCCCUUUCUUUUGGUUUUUUUUAGAGAUGACCCUCUGGAAGAAUUUUCUUGGUGACGAAACACAACUUCCUAUGCUAGUUUUACAGUUCUCACCAUCUUCUUCAGGUCUCUCUUGACCAGAAAGCUUUGUCAUCCAAGUCCUUCUGUGGCAUCAUAUAUUACUUUAGAACUGAUCAAGUUGCUGCACUGGAGAGACUGAUUCACUUUAUUGGACCAAAAAUGACUGAAAUCUAUAGUCCCACAGCUUGCAGACAGUUAUCUCAGAUGGUCAUCGCAAUCAUCUUCUUUCACAGUUCUGAAUAUCUCUUAGCCCUUGCUAUUCAUGGAAAAUCGAAUGUAUCUCUUAAUUCUCUUUUGAUUAGCAAAAGCUACCUUCUGGCGAUGUUCUUUUCAUUGGUGGAAUACGUUGUUGAGAUUGCUUUAUUUCCUGAGCUAAAGGAGCAUUGGGCGAUCAGUAAUUUGGGACUUGCCAUGGUUGUGAUUGGGGAAAUUAUAAGGAAGAUGGCAAUUAUAACAGCUGGGCGAGCCUUUACUCAUGUUAUAAAAAAUUAUUUUGAAGAGCGUCACCAAUUGAUUUCGCAUGGGAUAUACAAGUUUAUACGUCAUCCAGGGUACUGUGGUUUUCUCAUUUGGUCUGUUGGCACUCAAAUAAUGCUCUGCAAUCCCUUAUCAACUAUAGCAUUUUCAGUUGUUGUUUGGAGCUUCUUUGCUAAGAGAAUACCAUAUGAAGAGUUCUUUCUGAGACAGUUUUUUGGAGCACGGUAUGAGGAAUAUUCUCAACGAGUUGUGUCUGGGGUCCCGUUUGUAAAGUGGAGGUCAGCCAAUUUUGUGAACUGAACUGUAUGCUCAGCUUUUCAUACUGAUUCCAUUCCAAGUCAUCAAAAUAGGCUAAAGAGUUUUCUUCUCAACUCACUGUGAGAUCGACUCCAGUGCACGUCGCUGGAGGUGACAGGAUGUCUUGAUAUGUCCAUGUGCUUGUCUGGAACAUUUUAACAAAACCAUGUUUGUUACAGAGUGGUGAUGCAGAUGAUGGCUUCGCGGUCUAAAAAGAGUUCGGAGAAACCUAGUUGGUUUCGUCCAACCUUGUCCCAAAAUAUUGCGUGGCAUCCAGCAACAUUAUUACUUUUGCCUGUGGCAGAUGUUCUGAAGUGAUUCAAGCUUAGGCAUGUCUAGUCAAAUGAUGGGAGCUUAGCAUCCAUUCAAUUAGGUCCCUUUGGUUAGGUUUUGAUUAUAUGCUUAGAAUGCAAGAUAACCGCUACUCAUGACAAUGAUGUACUUGGUUCAAUCUUUACCCUCUUUUUGGUAA